UGCCCCGCGCCGAGCGCCGCCGCCGCCGCCGCCGCCGCUCCGCUGCCCGCGCCGCCCGCGGCUCCCGAUGGAGACUGACGCGCCCCAGCCCGGCCUCGCCUCCCCGGACUCGCCGCACGACCCCUGCAAGAUGUUCAUCGGGGGACUCAGUUGGCAGACUACGCAGGAAGGGCUGCGCGAAUACUUCGGCCAGUUCGGGGAGGUGAAGGAGUGUCUGGUGAUGCGGGACCCUCUGACCAAGAGAUCCAGGGGUUUCGGCUUCGUCACUUUCAUGGACCAGGCGGGGGUGGAUAAAGUGCUGGCGCAAUCGCGGCACGAGCUCGACUCCAAAACAAUUGACCCCAAGGUGGCCUUCCCCAGGCGAGCACAGCCUAAGAUGGUGACUCGAACGAAGAAGAUCUUUGUGGGGGGGCUGUCGGUGAACACCACGGUGGAGGAUGUGAAGCAAUAUUUUGAGCAGUUCGGAAAGGUGGACGAUGCCAUGCUGAUGUUUGACAAAACCACCAACCGGCACAGAGGGUUUGGGUUUGUCACGUUUGAGAGCGAGGACAUUGUGGAGAAAGUGUGUGAAAUCCACUUCCAUGAAAUCAACAACAAAAUGGUGGAAUGUAAGAAAGCUCAGCCCAAAGAGGUGAUGUCACCGACGGGCUCGGCCCGGGGGAGGUCCCGAGUCAUGCCCUACGGGAUGGACGCCUUCAUGCUGGGCAUCGGCAUGCUGGGUUACCCAGGUUUCCAAGCCACGACCUACGCCAGUCGGAGUUACAGCGCCUCGCCCCCUGGCUACACCUACCAGUUCCCCGAAUUCCGUGUAGAGCGGACCCCUCUCCCGAGUGCCCCAGUCCUCCCCGAGCUUACAGCCAUUCCUCUCACUGCUUACGGACCCAUGGCGGCGGCGGCGGCGGCAGCAGCUGUGGUUCGAGGAACAGGCUCUCACCCCUGGACGAUGGCUCCGCCUCCAGGCUCGACUCCCAGCCGCACCGGGGGCUUCCUGGGCACCACCAGCCCAGGCCCCAUGGCCGAGCUCUACGGGGCGGCCAACCAGGACUCGGGGGUCAGCAGUUACAUCAGCGCCGCCAGCCCCGCCCCCAGCACCGGCUUCGGCCACAGUCUUGGGGGCCCCUUGAUCGCCACAGCUUUCACCAAUGGCUACCACUGAAGCAGGGGACAGUGGCAGGAGAGCCCCAACCUGCAGCUGACUGAGGACCACGAGUGAGCCAGCCGAGGGGGCAGGGACACCUCAGCCGCAGCCGCCGCCCUCCCCUCCCCAGCAGCGACUCGGACCCCGCUACUGCCUGCCCCCCACUCCCUGGGCCCCGGCCCCUGCCCUCGACAUCAUCUCGUGCCCCUACUAACCUCCCCAUUUUCCGCCCUUGCCCCAUGCCCCCUCUUCCCACACCCGCUUUUAUUUAUUUUUGGAUUAGCCGGUUGCCCCCCACCCAGUUUCCCCCUCUUGGGUCUGCACCUCUCCCUCCCUGCCGCGCCCCCCAUAGGAUCCCCCCAAGAAGGCUUUUUGUAUUUGUGCAUAGCUAGAGUGUGGGCAGAGGGAGCCUGCGAAGCCCUUAGCAGGCUGCAGCCCCAACCCUGGUUUUUUUAAUUCUGAU